GUGCAGGAGAUGCCAUAUAACAACUACUUAGAUGCUGAUGCAGCUUGGGACUGCGUGUCAGAGUUUCAGAACCCUAGAUGUUGUAAAGCAUACAAAUCCCUGCGGGGUUGCUUCUCGCCAUGAUAUCCUCGAAGCUUAUAGGUUGGCUGUCAAAGCAGAUCCAGUGAGUGCAUUUGGUGGCAUCGUAGCCUUUAAUAUGGAAGUUGAUGAGGCUCAUGCUAAGGAAACCAGGGAGUUCAGAAGCCCGAUAGAUGGUGAAACCCGGAUGUUUCAUGAGAUUGUUGCUGCUCCCAAGUAUAAAAAGAAGGGACUCGAGAUCCUCCGUGGCAAAUCAAAGACAUCGAGGAUCCUGGAGGCAAAAAGUAACGAGAAAGGAAAACUUUCACUGAGACAAGAUGGUGCUGGAUGGUUAGCUCAGGAUUCAGAUGACCUUACCCCCCAAGACAUCCAAUUUAAGGUCAUGUCUGACAAGGGUCCAAUAGGAAGUGAGCUUCAUGAUGCAGAGUUUGCAUGGCUCUGCGUGAAGCAUGUCAAGAGCAAUGCUGUUGUAAUUGCAAAGGUUUGUACUUUGAUGAAUCUUAGAUUAGAGAAUUCUCAACCGCUAACACAUUCCAAAGAAUUCUCACCCUUAUCAUUGUUUGGGCAGAAUAAUUGUAUGGGAACCUUUAAAACGUUAUAUCUAAUAUUGUAGCAUAAAAUCAAGCUACAUAAUUA